AUGAAUUCCAGUAAGCUUAUACAACCGUCGCCGUCUCCGUCGACCUCGCGGAUCAUGUUGUUCAGUUCUUCAUCGCUUGCCGGCUGCCCUAAGCUUCCCAUUAUGGAUCCCAGCUCGGAGGUCGAGAUCUUCCCGUCGCCAUUGACGUCGAAUUUCUUUAAUACUUCUUCCAGUUCCCCGGCCAGACGCGCGCGUGUAUGCACGAACAGUGAGGUUGAGCGUGAUGCCGUUGAGGAUGACGAUGGGUUUCGGUUGAACAGAUUUAUUCAAAUUUUUCUCUUUGUUGAAUGGAUGAGAAUUUGGAAUGAGAAGAGAAAAGGGGUUUGA